AUCCCAAGUGUAAAGUGUAACAGAAGUUGCCUGCAAACGGAAGUCGUCAUUCGUGGGUGUAAAGUGAAGGCUGUUUAUGAUUUCAAUUGGUGCGCAUCGGUGUUCUGUUGCGGAAAGUGAUUUUUAUUCUGUUUAAAUUUAUCAGUUUUUUUCUUAAGUUGAAGUGAUAGGAAAGGUCGGGCCACUGGUGAAGGUUGUGAAACACGAAUAGAAGUGGAUCAAAUAAUCAUAGAACAUAAGAAGUGGUCAAAGUAUUCAAGCAUUGCGUCCAGGAAGUGACAAUUUCUGUGCGUGUGAAUGUUAGAGGAGACAACUAAGACGGAGGAUAUCCCUGCUUGAUAAAUCAUCAUUAUACUCGUAAGCGUUUCGGGCUCACAAACAAGAGGCUCAACAUGAACUACAUCAACGUACUAUCAAUAUUAACCGUUUUCCUGUGGAUCCUGGCGGUCCAGCUGGUCGACGCAAAAAAGUGCUACAUUUGCGGUGAAGGUGCCGACGGCCCGUUCAAAACACUUCCGACGCACGGUGGACAAAGCAGUGUCCCGAUUGUGGAAGGAACGUGCGAAGAUUUCCGGCCGGAGGAAAAAUACGCAUUCGAAUGCCCACCGUCGUACACGAGUUGCCUGACGCAGGUUGAUGGUGAUAUCGAGACGCGAACAUGCGGUGAAACCUUAGCCAUCAACGAUUGCAAGAGUGCCAACAACAUCGACUAUUGCUACUGCAUCGAAGACUUGUGCAACCGGUUGUCUCGGGUCGAGAUUCGUCGAUCGAUCGAGGAGUCGUUGAUGCCGGCACACCGUCGGAACCGACUGGGUAGUGGAACGCAUCACCACCACCAGCCGCCCAACAAUAGCGACGACGAGGACAUGCUCGAGGCUUCCGGCAUGGAUGGCGAUCGAAGCGAAUCCCAGCGGACGCUGCAGCAUCAUCAGCGGGAGAUUCUGCACAACGAAGGGAUCGCCGUUGCCGCCGCACCGACCCAUCGGGAUGUUACGACACAAAUUACCAUCACGCUCAAGCCGGUGGCCACUUCGACCGAUCGGCGGAGUAAAGACGGUAAUGAUCCGGGUGUCGGGGGAGGCAACGUGACGGAAGCCGAUCGGAGCGGCGAAACAAAUGCCAUCGCAAGUGGCAGCAGCUCAGUGGACACGCUUUCCCUGGCCCGGUUUAGUUCUAUCGCGUUUUUUGCCUCGCUCAGAUGGUUUCUUUUGAGCGAACAACAUUAAGCUACACCAUUACGGCGGAUAACUGCACUCUGCAUUCCAAGAAUGACUAAUCGUUUGGAUGAUCAUCAGUAUGAAAGGGGUGGGGGGAUUAAGAACUGAGUUGUAUGUGAGGACGAUACUCAAUAUGUUUUAUUCGAUCCCAAAACUAGCGGACGUGGUAGAAAAAUAGAUCCCUAGCUCAAAGUAGGGUCAGUAUGACGAGGUAGGAAAGUAAAACAACACCCCUGUUACCCGUGUAAGUAUUAUAAAGUAUUUCCAGCAUCCUCAUGAAAAAGCCCCAGCUGACAAAAGAUAGAGGAUUCUUUAAGUGUGAUACUUGCCAUAUGUUUCAAGUACAAGUUUUCGUUGAACGUUUUAAAAGUCCACGCGUUAAUUUAUGUGCUAGUCCUAAAUCUCCUACGUGUUGAUUAAAAGUUAAGGAACACGAACCGUACUGGACUAAACAGUUGUAAAUAAAUGUAAAUAGCAAUUAGCCACCGAUGCUAACACACAGUCAUCACCGUAUAUGGUAACGAUAAAUCGAAUGAAUUUAUGAUAACAAUAAAUACAAUUAUUGGUAAAACAAAUCACGAUCAACUUCUUUACCCCUAAACGCAAUAUGUAGGAAGAACCCUUUUAGUGCCAGGACAGUGUAGUGAACAGUGCGUAUCAAUCGUUUAGAUACCGACCGAAACUGUUUUCGUAUGAAUAAAAUGGUUAGAUAAGAGUAGUUGCAAUCUUUCCCCGUUCAACCCCUCCUUCCGAAAGGACCGUGCUUUGGCCAUAAGGAAUUCGAAUCCCAAAAACCACCCGGUAGGCUCACGUCGCUGACGAGGAUUACAUCGAUGUUGUUCUUAUGUAUUGACCCAAUAAACACCCGAUAAACAGCUAUACAGCCCUUAUGAUGCGUAAGCGUGCGUAAUUUAGGAACAGGAAAAAUACAGAAAAAAUGUAUUGUAGCAAAACAGAGCAGUGGAUCUUAAUAUUCAAAAGUCAACGAUGAAUAUUCAACAGCUUAUUUAAAACCAUGCAAAAUGGGAACCGAGAGAAAAUGCAUGAACGAGUCUCGCUAAACCUAAUAUAAUUAGGAUGGAGUUUGGGAAGUAACCAACACUCUUAGGAAUUAAAAAUGAUAAUGAUGACCGAUAGAGAAUAGCAAUGCUGCGUGUGCGUGUACGUAUCACACGAUACAUAUAAAGUAGAGAACUGGAUUGUAUCUUCAGGACGAAUCAAUUGAAUAAUAUAA